CGUCCCCUCGCCCGCCCCGCGAGGUCGCGAGCCUGGGGCCUCCGUGGUCCGGCGCCGUCCCGCUUCCCACCGCGGAGGAGACUCCGUGACCGAGGGAGGAGGUGGCCCGGGCGGCCGGACGCGGACAUGCGUCUGGCAGGCCCCCUGCGCAUCGUGGUCCUGCUCGUCACCGUGGGCCUCACGUGGAUCCUGGUCAGCACCCUACUGGGUGGGCCUGGGACAGCCUUUCCGCGCCUCCAGCAGCUCUUCAGCAACCCUGAGAACUUGGUGACUGCAGAGCCCCGGGCCCGCAAGUAUAAGUGUGGCCUGCCCCAGCCAUGUCCUGAGGAGCACCUGGCCUUCCGCAUGGUCAGCGGCGCUGCCAACGUCAUCGGACCCAAGAUCUGCCUCGAAGACAAGAUGCUCAUGAGCAGCAUCAAGGACAACGUGGGCCGCGGACUGAACAUCGCCCUGGUCAACGGCGUCAGCGGGGAGCUCAUCGAGGCCCGAGCCUUCGACAUGUGGGCUGGAGACGUCAACGACCUACUCAAGUUCAUCCGGCCACUGCAUGAGGGCACCUUGGUGUUUGUGGCCUCCUAUGAUGACCCAGCCACCAAGAUGAACGAUGAGACCAGGAAGCUUUUCAGCGAGCUGGGCAGCAAGAACGUCAGGGAUCUGGCCUUCCGGGACAGCUGGGUGUUUGUGGGCGCCAAGGGAGUGCAGAACAAGAGUCCCUUUGAGCAGCACGUGAAGAACAGCAAGCGCAGCAACAAGUACGAGGGCUGGCCCGAGGCGCUGGACAUGGAAGGAUGCAUCCCCCGGAGGAGCGUGGCCGACUAGGGCUGUGUGCCACCCCGGCAUCCUGGCAGGCAGCACCCUCCGCAGGUGCACAGGGGCCCUGAGGACGCCUUCAGGGGCAGGGGCCCGCAGGGCUGGCCCUUGGGUCAUUUUCUGGGGAAUCGCAGCCAGGACCCAGCACCCCAUGCCCUCGGGCUGCAGGAGGCGUGGCCGGAGGCACUGUCAGAGCUGUGCUGCCCCUAUAGGCCCAGCGAGAGGGGCCCCCCGGCACCGGGCUCACCGACCAGCAAGGAAACGCAGUGGGUGCUGGGUGUCUUAAGCAGCUCCCUAAU